AUGCCUACUGUCUACAUCAUCAUUUACUCUCUCUAUCAUCAUAUCUAUAAGGUAGCCAAGGACGUUCAAAAGGGUCUUGAAUCCGAAGGUGUCACUGUCAAGCUCUUCCAGGUGCCAGAAACUCUAUCUGACGAAAUCCUUGACAAGUUGCACGCACCCCCCAAGCCUGAUAUUCCAGUCAUUACUGUUGAUGCUCUUACCGAGGCUGAUGCAUUCUUGUUUGGUGUGCCCACUCGCUUCGGUACUUUCCCUGCUCAAAUGAAGUCCUUCUUGGAUGCCACUGGUGCUCUUUGGGCUACUGGUGCCUUAUCUGGAAAGUUUGUUGGUACCUUCUUUUCUACUGCCUCUCAACAUGGUGGUCAAGAGACCACUGCCUACACAUUGUUGACUUACUUUGCUCAUCAUGGCCUCAAUUACGUUCCUUUGGGUUUUGCCAACAGCAAUCUCUUUGAUAACACCGAGGUUGUCGGCGGCUCUCCUUACGGUGCCGGUACUGUUGCUAAUGGUGAUGGAUCUCGCGAGCCCACAAUCAAGGAGCUCGAGAUUGCUCGCACUCAGGGUGAGAAUUUUGCUAAGCUCUUGAAUACCUUCCACCGUGGUUUGGACUUGACUGAUGAUAAGCAGAUUGAAGGUGUUCAAGAGGUUGAGAACAAACAAAACGAUGAUGUGAUUGAAGAAGCUGCUCCUGCCGCUGCCACCACUGCUGCUGUUGCUGCUACUGAAGCCAAUAGAGCUGCUGUUGUUCCUGCUAGUGACGCUCCUGCUGCUGAUGCUAACCCUACCACUCCUGAAGCUAAUGCUGCUACUUCAGCUCCUACCGAAGAGCCUUCCAUCAAAGAAGUCGAACCAGUUCCCGUAAAGGAAGAACCCAAGUCUGAGCCUAAACCUAAAGUUGAGGAAAAGCCUGUUGUGGAAGAAAAGAAGCCUGCUGCUACUAAGCCUGCUGCUCCUAAGACCACUACUCCCAAGAAGGAAGAAAAGAAGGAGUCCAAGUGCUUCUGCAUGUAA